UUUUCCGUAGUACGGCUGCCCGGGGUUGUGUGUUUGGUGUGUGUAGAUGUAGGUCAGCGAACUAACACGCAGCAGCUAGAUCCCUUACAGCAGCUCCUGAUGGAAACGCGCGUCUAAAGCAGAGACAAAUAAACCACGAAAGCGUAAUAAGGAAUGUCUUGGAACAAGUAUGUUGUCAGUGAGAAUGUCCAGGAGACGGAAGCCACGCCCCUCACGACCCUCGACCCAGAGGAGAAGCCGGCUGCGGGAUCACAGUCGGAGGGCAGCUCUACAGGGUACGAGCCGGUGACGGUGUGUGUUCCUGCCGAGCUGCCGCCGGUGGUGCCCGUGACGGGAGAGUCCUUCUGCCAGUGUCCGGCUCAGACAGAGCUCAGCUCAGACGCCCAGAUCAGCCCGUACACCCUCAGCUGCACCUGCGGAGAGGAAGAACAGGGAUGUGACUGGGUUUGGGACGAGGAGAGCAAAUCGUCCUCUGUGUCUCUGAGCUGCUCAAAGCGGAGGGUGAUCUUCCACUCGGAGUACAGCUGUGGAACCGCCGCCGUCCGGGGAGCCAAGCCUCUCAGCGACGGGCAGCACUUCUGGGAGAUCAAGAUGACCUCUCCCGUCUACGGCACGGAUAUGAUGGUUGGCGUCGGGACGUCGGAAGUGAACCUGGAUCAGUUCAAACACAGCUUCUGCAGCCUGCUGGGCACGGAUGAGGACAGCUGGGGUCUGUCCUACACAGGUCACCUACACCACAAGGGGUCAAAGGUUAACUUCUCGUCACGAUUCGGUCAAGGGUCUAUAAUCGGGGUCCAUCUGGACAGCUGGCACGGCACCCUGAGCUUCUACAAGAACCGCCGCUUCAUCGGCAUAGCAGUCACUCACUUGCAGAACAAGCGUCUGUAUCCGAUGGUGUGCUCGACCACGGCCAAGAGCAGCAUGAAGCUGAUCCGCUCGCAUUCGGCUCCCACCUCGUUACAGUACCUGUGCUGCACUCAGCUGCGCAAAAUGCUGCCCAACUGCGCAGACGCUCUGCGGGUGCUCCCUCUGCCGCCGGGCCUGCGUCUGCUGCUGUCUAACCAGCUGGGCUGGGUGCUGAGCCUCGGCUGCGCGGACGCCUGCGCACGCAGCGGGGAAGACAAGGCCACGCAAACAGACGGCGGCGGCGAACUGCGAUGAAAGCGCGAGCCCUUUUCCUUCCCACGAUCCCUCUGACGGCGAACGCGUCUUCAUUUGUAGUUCUUUCUCUGACAACCCCGGUAAAGAUGAGCCUCUUGAUUCUACUUCCUGUCCGGAUGAUACGCAUUAUCACGAUGGCGUCUCCAUAAUGGAUCUUACCUGUUACCUUGAUCCCUCCUCACCUUCUGACCUCUGCUGCGGCUCCGCCCCCAGCCCUGAUCACCAUUACCUUCCCGACCCUAAAUUUCAGAACGGAUCUGUUUCCUGCGACCCUCCGGUAUCUGUUUGCAGUGGCGGCUGUAAGGGAAAUGACGCCAGUUCCGUGUGCAAGCCGGAACACUCCGGUUCUUGCAUUCUGUGCUCCUCCUACUCUUCACCAGGCCACGCCUCCUUCUGGCCUGACUCCGCCUCUGAGAGCGAUUUCUCCGCAGAGCUGGAGAUGUACCAGAGGAAACGCUGCCGCUGGACAUGACGCGCACGCUGUUUACGUCACGGGUCAAAGGUCACGGUUUACCUGCGCUCAUGUUGUUUCAAACUCAUUUAAGUGAGACUGCACGAUUAAACCAGAUUGUGAAACGACUGCGAUUUUAUACAAUUGCAAAGAUCGCUGUUUAAUUAAAAAUAUUAGCAAAAGUAUUGUUAAAAGAGAAGCACUUUGGUUGAUUGCUAAAAAGCUCUUUGCUUUUUAAUGCCAAAAUAAUCAUUAGGAAAUUAUAUAUAUAUAUAUAUAUAUAUAUAUAUAUAUAUUAGUAUUGUAAUCUUGCAGUUAUACUCUAAAUUAAUUAUUAUUAUUAAUUAUAUAACUUAUACGCUGAACAUUUUUGUUCAAAAUAUAAUUUUAGCAUUAACACCAACAACAAUAAUAAUAAUAAUAAUUAUUAUUAUUAUUAAUUUAAAUUAAUAUAGUCAUAUACAAGUCAUAAAUAUAAUCUCAUAAUGUUUGGCAAAAUUGUGCAGGCCUACAUUUUUUUUUUUAAAUAUCAUUUUAAACCACAGUCACAAUUUUUAUCAUAAGAAUUACAUUUUUUAUUUUUUCACAUUUACAUUUUUCAAACUUCACAGCUGAAUUCUUCAAACAUCGCAUUGUUUUUAACCCAAAUUGUGCAGCCCUAGGUAUGAGACCUACGUUCUUUCUUGAGGAAAGCCUCGUUUCGUGUCCUACAGAAGAAAGCCAGUCAUGUGGGUAAAUAACGUAAUGGUCAUUCUUAGGUGAGCUAUGGCUUAAAUACACACGCAUUCAGCUCUAGCCGCUCGUCCUCAGCCCUUGCCAAACUAUCAGAAAGCAUUCACCGGACUUGUUGUGAAUCGCAACCUUCACGAAUCCAGCGAAUCAAUGUCUUUGUCGUUUAGCAAUUAGCCGUUUCCGAUGAGUUCAUUCAUUUAUUCAGGGUUCAGGACGGGGUUGAAGAUUGAAAUUUCUCAUUUCCAGUGCCAAUGUUUCUAGUCAGGUGACCCUUUUUUCUUGAGAAGGUUUAUCUUAAAUGUUAAGGUAGAUCAACGCAUGCCAAACAAUUUGUAUCGGUAUUAUUGUAAUAUUGUUGGCAUCAGUAGUUUGUCAGUAUGUUUGAGUCCAUUUACUCGAGAGACGAGACCUCCUGGCAUCUAUUUAUACCAGCACAGGCCGAGUGCAGUAGAUUAAUAUCUGAGCCUGUCAAUCAGACCGUUAAUUACAUUAUAUAUAUCGUAAUUCAAUAUCAGAGAGCUACGGCUCUGCCAAGACAACUAAAUACAUAUCUGACCUGAUAAACACUGUAGAUUGUGUAUUUUCAGAGGACAGCGCGUUUACGCUCUUAUUAGAUACUUUUAUUAUAUACUCUCUAUAUAUAUAUGAAUGAAUGGUUUUGUACUCUUUUGCAUGUUUUCUUACUGAUUAAAUUGUUUUGAGGUAAAAAAUAAAUAAACGACGACAGCAACAAAAAAAUAAUAAGUGCAUGUUCUUGUGUGUGUGUUGUUUCACCAAUAUUAAACUUCUGAUCAUAACUCAUCCCAAA